UGAGAACAGCUCAAAAGUUUAAACACAGUUCACUUCAAUUCAAUUUAUAAUAUUUAUCUUACUAGAGAUGUGCCAUUUAUUUCUUCAUUUAAAUUAAUUGUUUUAAUUAUUCCUACACCAUAUUGGAGAGUGAAACUUUUUUAACCAACAUCAUCCUUUAAUUUCAAUCCAGAAUCAGCUUGGACCCAAAAGAUUGCGCUUGGUUCAUCAAUUAGAUAUUCUAGUCAGAUUUUAUAGCACUUGUCAUCAGCUUGGGAAUCGACUGUUGGAUUUUACAAAGACAAAAAGAAACGCUUUAUUAGGUGGAUGAUGAAUGGUAACAUUUCACUGAUUGAUAAACAUGUUUAUUUAUCUGAUGUUAUGGCAGCUAUGUCAUCUGCAAUCCUGAAACAAUACCAAAUCAAACACAUUAUUACGGCCAACAUCAAGCCAUUAAGUGAACCUCUAGUUGAUAGUUACUUAUGGAUUGAUUCGGAGGACAUGCCAAGACAAGAUUUAAUCUCAUACUUUCCUACGACUAAUGAAUUCAUUGAAGCAGCAGUCUCUAGAAAAGAAAACGUUUUGGUUCAUUGUAUUGCUGGUGUUUCUCGAUCAGCCACAAUCGUAACUGCUUAUUUGAUGAAGAAAAAGAACAAACCAGCCGAGGAAUGUCUUGAAAAGGUUCGUGAAAAGCGGUCAAUUAUAGAUCCUAAUGAAGGUUUCAGGAAACAGUUGAAAUUAUUUGAAACCAUGGGAUAUCAAAUUGAUGUUCUUAACAAAGAUUAUCGUCUUAUUGCGUUGGAUCAACUGAUUCUUAGACUAUCAAGGAGAUAUUACGCAUACUGUGCGUUGAACUCAAGUGCUGCAAAUGAUAUCUUUCAGGUAUAUUUAAAUAAAUUAGCCAAGACUGAAGCUCUACAUCAAUCUUUGAUUGUUUUCAAAUGCAAAAAGUGCCGCACAAAAUUAUUCACUGACAUUAACGUUAUUUCAGAAGAGUCGGAAGAAUGCCAAUCUAUUUAUAUAGAGCCACAGGUUUGGAUGAGAAGUGUUUUACAAGAAUUGACUGUUAGCGAUAUUAACUGUCCACAAUGUACUAAGAAGAUUGGACGCUAUGACUUGAAUGGAAUUAAUUGUGAUACCAAAUGUGCGAAGCAUUCCAUUGUGAAAGGAAUUUUCAAAGUAAAUUUAAAUCAUAUUGAUGCUGACAAAUUAAAUAUUGGACAAACCGUUCACAUAAGUGAAGCUCAAUGACGCCAGCCUCACAGUCAGCAAAUCACUCAUCAAAAAUUGUAAUAUUCAUGAAUUGCAUCAUAUUUAUUGCUUAUCUAUAAUAUUUUACAAUAAAUAAUGAUUAUCAGAUUAA